AUGGGACCCGUCCUGGCGCUGCUCCUGGCCCACCUCCUCCCCGCGCUGGGUUCUCAACAAACAUUUCUGCAAAUCAUGGUUCCAUGGUCAAUGCCAUCAUAUCAAAAUGGAAAUCAGAACCAGGUGUCCUAUGUUAUUACAAUAGAAGAGAGGUCAUAUACCCUUCACCUGAAGCAACAAGUUUUUUUACCCAAUAAUUUCAGGGUGUAUACUUACAGCCAAGAGGGGUCUGUUCAUUCUAAUUUCCCACAUAUUAAGCGUGAUUGUUUCUACAAAGGAUAUAUUGCAGGUUUUCCAAAUUCAGUUGUGACACUCAGCACCUGUUCUGGACUUAGAGGGAUACUGCAGUUAAAGAAUGUCAGCUAUGGAAUUGAACCUUUGGACUCUACACCUGGAUUUCAGCAUCUAGUUUAUCAAAUAUGGAAUGAAAACAUAGAGAGUCUGCUUUUUGUAGAAAAUGAUUCUGUUAUAUGGAGUGAAGGGAUGACACGAAAGCUGGAUACAGGAAUAAAAGCAAAACAGAAUUUCAUCAGAUACUCCAGAUAUCUGGAAAUGCAUGUGAUUUUGGACAAGGCUCUGUAUGACUAUAUGGGUUCAGACAAGGAUGUUGUAACAGAGAAAAUAGUCCAACUUAUUGGCUUUGUCAACAGUAUGUUUACCUCUCUUAAUAUGACAAUUGUGCUGUCUUCAUUGGAAUUCUGGGCAGAUAGUAACAAAAUUCCUACAACAGGGGAAGCUGAUGAAUUAUUACGAAGAUUUUUACAGUGGAAAAAUAUCCAUCUUAUUCUACGGCCACAUGACAUAGCAUAUUUAUUUGUUUAUAGGGACCAACCAAAUUAUGUAGGGGCAUCUUUUGCAGGAAAGCUGUGUCUGAGAAACUAUUCUGGAGGGGUUGCUCUGUAUCAAAGAACAAUAACACUGGAGACAUUUUCAGUCAUCAUUGCACAGCUGCUCGGGCUUAGUCUGGGAAUAGCAUAUGAUGAUUCUAGGGACUGUCAGUGUUCAGGAUACACCUGCAUAAUGCAUACCAAAGCAGUACAUUCUGGUGGGACAAAGGCCUUUAGCAACUGCAGUAUAGAAGACUUUCAAAGUUUCAUUGCAAAUGGAGAAGGAGAAUGCCUUUUGAACAAACCGUAUUUGAAUGCAUCUUAUAGAGCUCCUGUCUGUGGCAACAAAAUAGUGGAGGAAGGAGAGGACUGUGACUGUGGCACAAGAAAGGACUGUGUUUGGGAUCAGUGUUGCCAACACACCUGUAAAUUUAGACGAGACAUCAAAUGUAUCAGUGGAGAUUGUUGUUGGAAAUGUAGGUUUGUGCGAAAGGGUACAUUAUGUAGAAGCACUAGCGAAGAUGAUUGUGAUCUAAUAGAGUACUGCAAUGGUUCCUCUGCACACUGUACACCUGACUUCUGGGUCAUGGAUGGGCACCCAUGCAACCAUAAUACAGCCUAUUGUUUCAAAGGAGUGUGCCAAACUGCUGAUAAACAGUGUAAAAAACUCUUUGGUAAAGCUUCAAAAAGUGGCUCUCUCGCAUGUUAUGAAGAAAUUAAUGGCCAAAAGGAUAGGAUGGGACACUGCGGCUCCACUAAGGCGGGUUACCAGACUUGCGAAUGGAAGGAUCUCCAAUGUGGGAAGUUAGUUUGUCAAUAUCCGAGUAAUAGACCAUUCAUGAAGGAAAAGGCUGCUGUCAUUUAUGCUAGGGUGCAGAAUUCCUUAUGCAUAACUUUAGAUUAUAUGAAGGGGCCUCAAGUGAAGGAUCCAAUGUUGGUGAAGGAUGGUACUCUCUGUGGUAAGCAAAAGAUUUGUAUGAACCAGAAAUGUGUAGAUGCUGCUGUCCUGAAAUACAAAUGUGAUGUAAAGAAAAAAUGCAAUGACCAUGGAGUGUGCAACAACAGAGGAAAUUGUCACUGUAGGUCUGGCUGGCUGCCACCAGAUUGCAAAAUUUCAUCAAAAGGAUAUGGAGGGAGUAUUGACAGUACUUUCAGAAGUGAUGCGAUCAUUGACAGACUACACCGGAACACUUUGAAGAACUGGCUUCUGCUAAGUUUCUGUCUCUUUCUGCCUGUCCUUGUUUGUUCUAUCAUCAUGAUUAUAAAACGAAAUGAAUUGAAUAGAUGCUGCACUAAGGAAGAAUCACAAGUUGAUGAAUUAGAAGACAUGGAUCAGUCAGAAAAUCCAAGUGCUGUCCCUCUGGAGUUCCUUUCAAGCUUGCCCGAGGUUCUGCAGCGACGCAUCCUGGUUUCUGCCUCGCUUUUGAUCAUCGGAGUCCAGAGAGUCUGCAACAACUGCUGGCGAAUUCAAGGUUCCAUUCAAACCUUCACCCAUUUACCUCUUGUGAGGAAGAAAAUGGGAAGGAGAAAACAGACGAUGGAAGAAGAAGAAGAGAAAAUACUCAUCGGGCACAACAACCAUCCUUUUGCGUUGGCGCUCCUGAUCGCGGCGCCAAUGCUCUGCCCGCCAGUUGCAGAGCAGAUCCUGGACCUGGCGCCAUUCCAGGUCUCGGCACCGCUCCCUAACUUCACAGCAUGGCUCCGCUUCUCCUCCUUGCCACUCACCGGCGCAGGGUCAGAAAGAGGAUUGAGGUUUUCAGACCGGGACCGCUGCCAGUUGGACCAUGGCCACUCUGAAGCUGGGGGCAGGGCCAUGGCAGACACGUCCUAUCUCUCCGGGCCUCCCCCCAUAGAUAUCCAUGCUCAUCAGGCCUUCCUGCGCACGGUUGCACACAACAUGAUCCUGGAGGAGGUGGUGGAAUCUGAGGACCCGGUGGUGGACAUUUGGGCCCCAGAAGGUACCUGGAGGGUGGUCCUGCCCCUCAUUGGGACCAUCCAGACUAAUGCCAAGAGCAUCUGGCAGACCCCAGCCUCCGUUCCUUCUACGGCCAAAGGGAUGGAACACACAUACUUUGUCCCCUUGAAGGGAUACGAUUACCUGUUUACACAUCCACAGCCCUGUUCACUCGUGGUUGCGGCUGUGAAUGAAAAGGAUCGGCAAGGACAGCUGGCCCCUGUGCCCAAAUCGAAGGACGCCAAGCUCCUGGACUUGUUUGGCCGUAAGGUCUACUCUACGGGUGGGCUUCAACUCCGCAUCGCCAAUCAUUCAAGGACCUUGUGUGUCCUGAGUCCAGAGGAGUUUGGGGCCCUCGCUGAUGAGAACAAGACAGUGGCACGGACCUCUUUGCAGGCCUCACUGGAUGCCGCAGACGCGGCUGCAUGUACCUUGUCCUCUGGGAUUGCCAUGAGGGGCAUCUCCUGGCUGCAAGCCUCUGGCCUGCUCUUGGCGGUUCAGCAGACGCUGAAGGACCUACCCUUUGGUGGGGAGGUUCUGUUCGUGGAGCAGACCGACUCUAAGGCUAUGCAGCCUAAAGACUUGCAGGCGACCAUGAAGUCCCUGGGUACGCAUAUCCUGGCAACCCACCAGGAAAACUUCAAGCCGCAGCAGCGCUCCUACCCUCCUCGGCCAAGGGACUCCUCUCACGAGGAAGUUCUUAUUCAGGAGGUUCAGGUGCUCCUCGCCCUGGGGGUGGAGAGGAGGUUCUGCGGGAAGUAA